GCUCAUCCCCUUCUGAUUUCAAUCAUCCAUCACUCCUCCUCUCUGCUCUCUCACUCUACCAGUGCUCUUUACAGAACCCAGCAAUGGCAAUGUCGGAUGUUAAAAUUCUUGCAUUGCUAUUGUGUGCCACUUGCACCAUUGCUCUAGCCUUCACUGAUGGAUUGUUGCCCAACGGAAACUUUGAAUAUGGGCCGAAGGCGUCGCAGAUGAAGGGAAAGAUGGUCAUUGGCCACGACGCCAUUCCAGAAUGGAAAACAUCUGGAUUUGUUGAAUACAUAAAAUCAGGACAAAAACAAGAUGACAUGGUGCUAGUAGUCCCAGAAGGAGAUUUUGCUGUCCGAUUGGGAAAUGAGGCAUCGAUAAGGCAGAAGGUGAAGGUGACCAAGGGAAUGCGUUACUCAAUAACACUAAGCACUGUCCGAACUUGUGCACAAGAAGAGCGGGUUAACAUAUCCGUCGCUCCAGAUUUCGGUGUAAUUCCUAUUCAGACAGUGUACAGCAGUAAUGGAUGGGAUUCACAUGCCUGGGCAUUCCGAGCUAGAUUCUCCGAGGUUGAGAUCUUAAUCCAUAACCCUGGAGUUCAAGAGGAUGCUGCCUGUGGACCUCUUAUCGACUCCGUCGCCAUGAGGCCUUUGUAUCCUCCUAAGGCCACAAACAAGAAUUUGAUGAAAAAUGGAGAUUUUGAGGAAGGUCCAUACAUCUUCCCGAAAACAUCUUACGGUGUCCUGAUCCCUCCAUUUAUUGAAGAUGACCACACUCCAUUGCCUGGUUGGAAGGUUGAGUCCCUAAAAGCUGUAAGAUACAUCGACUCCAAGCAUUUCGCUGUGCCUCGAGGAAAAAGAGGGAUCGAACUUCUGGCUGGAAGAGAGAGCGCAAUUACUCAAAUAGUUCGAACUAUCCCAGGAAAGAUGUACGUGCUCUCGUUCACCGUGGGAGAUGCUAGGAAUGCUUGUGAAGGUUCAAUGGUUGUUGAAGCUUUUGCUGAUGAUGAUUCUGUCAAGGUGGAGUACGAAUCGAAAGGUAAAGGAGGAUUUAAACGUGCACAUCUACGUUUCGAUGGAGUUGCUACUCGUACACGAAUCAUGUUUUAUAGCUCGUUCUAUACAAUGAGAAGCGACGCAACGCUAUGUGGACCAGUUAUUGACGACGUAAAGUUGAUCAGCAUUCGAUAGGUGCCUAAACAUAUAUUCGCAGACUACGAAAUUGUAACAAUGGAAUUUGUUCAUUACAAGGAAACCAGAAAUUUCUUGUAUGGUUUUCAGUAUUUUGUGAAUGCGUGCUUUCACAGGAUCUGAUUUUAGUAAAGCUUCGAUAUUUAUUUAUUUUUGUGCAUUUUAAAGCAAGAUGAAGCUUAGUUUGAAUGCUUAUAAAGCUUAUCUUGAAUGAGAAUUCCCUUUUAUUUCA